CCCGUGAGCGGAGCCGCGGGCCGGGCCGGGCCGGGCCGGGUCUGGUCUCCGCCGCACCGCGGGGCCGCCGCGCCGGGCCGUGUUUACCUUCCGGGGCGCCGGGGCGGGGUUCCGGGGCGGAGUGUGUGCGCCGGCCGGCCCAGCUUUGGGCUGUGCGGGAGGAGGGCGCGGGCCCGGCGGACGGAGGGCGCGGGCCCCGCGGCCACCAUGAGUGGUUCACAGAACAAUGACACUAAAAGACAGUUUCUUCUAGAACGGCUACUGGAUGCAGUUAAACAGUGUCAAAUACGCUUUGGAGGAAGGAAAGAAAUUGCUUCAGACUCUGAUAGCAGAGUCACUUGUUUGUGCGCUCAGUUUGAAGCUGUGCUGCAGCACGGUCUGAGGAGAAGCCGGGGAUUGGCGUUAACUGCGGCAGCCAUCAAACAGGCAGCGGGUUUCUCCAGCAAAACCGAAACAGAGCCAGCGUUCUGGUACUAUGUGAAAGAAGUUCUGAACAAACACGAACUGCAGCGCUUCUACUCUCUGAAGACAAUUACUACAGAUAUUGGUAGAGGCCGAGCUUGGUUGCGCUGUGCAUUAAAUGAGCAUUCCCUGGAAAGAUACAUUCAUAUGCUGCUUGCAGAUAAGAAUCGACUCAGUGUCUUCUAUGAAGACUGGUCUUUCAUGAUGGAUGAAGAACGUUCUAGUAUGAUCCCUACGAUGGCAGCUGGUCUGAACUCCAUUCUUUUUGCAAUCAACAUAGAUAAUAAAGAUUUAAAUGGGCAGAGCAAAUGCACACCCACCGUGUCUGAUUUGUUAAAGGAAUCGACACAAAACGUCACCUCAUUAUUGAAAGAAUCCACUCAGGGCGUCAGCAGCCUUCUCCGAGAGAUAACUGCAUCGUCUGCCGUCUCCAUCCUGAUCAAACCCGAUCCAGACACUGACCCUCUUCCUGUUCUCUCGAAGACCGUCAGUGCUGAUUUGAAAUAUAAAAAAGAUCGAAAAAAGAAGAAGAGAGUGACAAACAUUAUCUCAUUUGAUGAAGAGGAAGAUGAGCAAAAUUUGGGGGAUGCCACAAAGACGUUGACUACCGGAGAAAGUUCAGAGGAGAGUGUAGACAGAGCUUCGGGUUUCGCGUUGCCCUCGUCCGAAAGCACUGCUGGAAGAAAUUGGAACGGGAAUGGAAGUGACCAUUCGUGGAGGAGCAAUUCAGUGUUCGUGAACGGGGAGUACGAAUACCAGAAACUAGAUGUGAAGAGCAUCGAUGAUGAAGAUGCAGAUGAGGAUGACCUGUAUGGAAAAGUGUUAGGAAAUAAAGACACAGAAGGUGAAACUGAAUCUUCUGAAAAGCCUCAUGAAGUAGGCUCAUGCGAUUCUCAGAUAUGCAGUUGGACUCCGCUGCAGGUCCUGAAUGAUGACUCGGAUGUUCUGUUUCCUGUUAGUGCUGUUGGCUCUUACUCCCAAACAGGUAACUUGGAGAAUGGAGAGGGGCAUGAAAAUGUUCACACGGUAGAACUGGUUCCAAGAAGAUCUGAUCUUCCUUACAGAGUGGAAGUCAGCCAUCCAGCUCCAGUGAAUACUUUAAGCAACGUGUUGCCUUCAGCUACUGUGCCAGAAUCCAUGACAGUUAAUGAACUUCGUCAAGCUAUUGUGGCCAUGAUGAAUAGAAAGGAUGAACUGGAAGAACAGAAUAGGUCUCUGAGGAACCUGCUGGAUGACGAGAUGGAGCAUUCGGCAGCGCUGCGGCAGGAGAUGGACAACUGGAGACGGAAAGCGGCGGAACAGGAGGAGCGACACGCCAGCAAGGUGCAGGCCCUGGCCAGAGAAAAUGAGGUGCUGAAAGUGCAACUGAAGAAGUAUGUAGGAGCUGUCCAGAUGCUCAGAAGAGAAGGUCAGACAGGGGAAGUUCUGCCGAACGUUUGGAGCACUGAUGGUGAAUUUACUAUUCCAGAGCAAAAGCCAGUAGAAAACAAUGAGGAACUCGCCAGCUCUUACGAAAGAAAACUGAUUGAGGUGGCUGAGAUGCACGGGGAGCUGAUCGAAUUCAAUGAGAGGCUGCACCGUGCUCUGAUGGCCAAAGAAGCUCUGGUGUCCCAGAUGAGACAAGAACUGAUUGAUUUGAGAGGGCCGGUCCCUGGAGAUUUGAGUCAAACAUCUGAAGACCAGAGUUUGUCAGAUUUUGAAAUAUCGAAUCGUGCUCUUAUUAAUGUUUGGAUUCCCUCAGUCUUCCUGCGUGGAAAAGCUGCCAAUGCAUUCCAUGUUUAUCAGGUUUAUAUUAGGAUAAAGGAUGAUGAAUGGAACGUCUACCGAAGAUACGCAGAGUUCAGAAGCUUGCAUCGUAAACUACAGAAUAAGUACCAGCAAGUGAGGACUUUCAACUUUCCACCAAAAAAGGCCAUUGGAAACAAGGAUGCAAAGUUUGUAGAAGAGCGACGCAAGCAGCUACAAAAUUACCUAAGGAAUGUAAUGAACAAAGUUAUUCAAACUGUGCCAGAAUUCACAGCCAACCCCAAAAAGGAGACUCUUAUUCAGCUGAUGCCCUUUUUUGUUGCUGUGAAGCAUCUCCUGAAUGCCGAGGCUGAGCCGAGGGUCAGUGAGAUCAUCGCGUCCCAGGAACGGGCGACUAGAAGCCGAGCUGUUGAACUGAACUUUUACAGACUGUUUCAAGUUCUUUUUAUUUAACUUUUGUCUGCCUCCAAUGAAGAAGAUACUUUUGUAUCUAACUAAAAAUUAAGAUUUCCAAAAUGCUGCCGUGCAUAUUUUAGGCAUCUGAGAAAUCUUUCAGCAUAAUUUAGGAUUUCUAGAUGUAAAAUUCCACUUUUUUUUCUUUUUGUUAGUAGUAGAAACUUAGAAAAUGGUAAGUAAAUGUCUUCCGUCUUCUGUAACUUAGUCAUCCGCAUAGUGCCAUGAGGAUGGAGCCAGGCUCUUCUCGGUGGCAAACAAUGACAGGACAAGGGGCAAUGGGUGCAAACUGGAACACAGGAGGUUCCGCUUAAAUUUGAGAAGAAACUUGUUCCCAGUGAGGGUGUCAGAGCCUGGCCCAGGCUGCCCAGGGGGGUUGUGGAGUCUCCUUCUGUGCAGACAUUCCAACCCGCCUGGACACCUUCCUGUGUAACCUCAUCUGGGUGUUCCUGCUCCAUGGGGGGAUUGCACUGGAUGAGCUUUCCAGGGCCCUUCCAAUCCCAAACAUACUGUGAUACUGUGAUACUUUAAAAUCAAGUUUUGCUCAUGUAAGCAUUCAGUAGAUUCUAAGGUAAUUUAUAUGUUGAUGUUUUUUCGUGCAGCAGUAUAUAUACACUACUUAUCCUGAACCUUAGAACCUGUAUUUCCUCAGUAAGAAACAUUUUCCUUGUAUUGUUCUAAAACUCUGUUGUUUCUGUUUAUUGGUAUCAAUAUACUCUAAGCUGAUACAUAAAAUCACAAAAUGUGCAUGUGUGGGGCAUAUGUGCAUCCUUACCAAAUUCCAUCUGAGUGGCAAUUCUAAUACUGUUUCAAAUACAGCCGUGUACGGGGCUGCUGUGCUGUUUCUCUCGGCCCGAGGAGCGAACUCGAUGGCAGAACGAGGGAUCGGAGCCCUGGCCCAGCGCUGCCGUGUCUGCUCCGGCUCUGUUAGUCCUGGCUUUGCUGCUCUGGGCUCGGGCUCAGCUCAGCCAGGGUGGGGGCAGCUCAGGGCUCGCCUCUCUCUGGAAUGACGGUCGGAGUGCUGAGCCGUGAGCUCUGCGGCGGGGUCCUACACUGACAUGUUUUGGUUCUCAUCCCAAGUGAUAAUCAAGAGUUGCACAGUGUAGCUGUGAAGAUGGUCCAGCGCAAAGCAGCGUGCUAAGGGAGCUUUCCAUGGGCCUCCUGGGCUGCGGCCGAGCGAGGACAUGGCACGUUUUUACAUUUGAAGGAGACUGACAUCUCUGCAGGAUCCACAACAACUUGUAAGCACAGGGAAUGUGUUUCUACGUGACUGGGUAAGAGAUCUUACAGGGCAUUUCCUUUCGUCCUUCCCUUCCUUCAAAUAACAGGAAUUAUCAAAGAAGCUUCAGGGGUUUUUUUCUGUUAAUAAACAAGUAGACAUGAUUUAUAAAGGAAGCUCAGUCUAAUAACUCUUGUUUGCAAUUUCCAGUUAUUUCUUUUUACAUUGAAAACCGGUUUCUGGCACGAAUACUCGAGUAGGUUUCUUUUAAAGGAAUUGCUCCAAUAAUAUACCUAAUUUAAUGAAAAAGGGGUUUAUUUUCCAAGCGUUUCCCUAAAUUCUCUGGUAAGUGAGAAGCCUGGACACCGUUCCUGGUUGUGCUCCGGGUCCGUAGCAGAGCUGACCUUCCAGAGCAGCCCCAGCCCGUCGCUGCAGCGCGCCGAGAUGCUGUUGUCCCUCCUGCCUGAUGGUGUCAGCCUCCCGGCGUGCGGGAGCUCUCACGCCUCAGACUCCCCAAGAUGUGUGUUUCUGUCCCUUUUCAGUCAAAGUCCUACCUAUUAAUAUAAUGUUCUACAAUGGAAACAGAGUUUUCAAUAUAAAAGGCCCACAAACAUACAGAAUAUUAUUCUAAUACGUUUUUUCUUUAGCAUCCAAGUCAUCAGUGUGCACCAGACUGGCCAAAAAAUGGAAGUGAAUGUUUUUAUUUGAUAUGAAGAUGAUUUUUUUCUCAGUGUAAUUUUAAAAAGUGUUCAGCAGGUGAGAUACACUACAUUGUCUCUAUCACAGUGAUAGUUACUAGGAUGAAUACAUAAUGGUAAGUGUGGAUGAUAAGAGCAAUUUGUGGCAUUGCUGUUCAAGACUGUUUCAGGAGCCUCAUUGCUUCAUGUGUCACAUCUACAGCCCACAGAUACCUCUGACAUAUCUGAAUAAUGAUCUUUUCACAAGAUUUGCCCUUCUUGAGCCAUUUUCCUGCCCACUAAUUUACCUCCUGGGCAGUACAGUCUGAUAUCAGACUUCAUGGCAAUUACAAACCUGAAUUAAUUACCCUUGUUUGCCGUGGCAAUAAUACUGUUAAGGAAUACAAGUUAAUACAAGUUAAACAAGAUCACGCUUGCCCAAAUCUACACAAAUUCCCUGUAAUGAAAUUGGGUUUUCAAAGCUUAAGUUUUGGCCUACUAAGUCCUGCAAAGCAGUUUGCAGUAUUUAUUCCUCAUCUGCACUUAAACUAGCUGAUCUGUAAUUGCUUGUUAAGUUUCGCUUUAUUGAGAUGGACAGUCAAAUGUCAGCGGCUGUAGCUGAGGUUGUGUAACAGCCAGUUCAGGAGAACUACAGGUAGGGGAAGGGAACCAUCUGCAGGUCUCUUACAGAACACAAAUGCACCACGGGCAAGCGUUCUGGAAACGAUUCAUCUGAACAUGUUUUUGAGCUGCCAUGGGGUCGGUCAGAGCGAUCUGUGCGGUGCGGGUGGGCACGAGAGCGCUGGGAUCCGUCGUUCCCGCCCGUGAUCCCGGUUGCACCGGCUGUCCCUGCGCUGUGCAGACACGGCCCGAGCGCCCCGAGGCCUCCGCGCGGCUUUGGGAGCAGCAGAGCUGGAACAGCCCAGGACAGUUCCAGGAGGAAAGUUUUCCAAGUUACAUUCUCCAGACAGCCCAAAGCAGAUACCAGGCGGUGGAGCACGAGGGCUUUGAGGAGACAGACUGCACUGUCUUUAUGGACAAGGUCUCAUAGCCCAAAUAACUUUUAAUGGUUCUUUUUUUGGAUUUUUUUAGUCAGGAUUUGAAAUGUCCAACUGCAUGGGGAUGUAUUUAUUUAAAUAUAUGCUCACUGAACGAAUAGAAAUGGAAAAAAAAUCUCUUUGUAAUAUAUUUAAAUUGUAUUUCUAAUAAAUUUGGAAGUUGCAUAUUGUGCAACUGUGGCAUGUCGAGGGGUUUUUGAAGCCGUGCUAGUCUAUCAAAGGGUGAGGUUAUCCUCGCUUUCUUUGAUGUGAUCAGAGGAACGUCAGGGCUUCUUACUUCAGCCAGGCUGCAUGGUAGAAUAUGUCACUUAAAACUACAGUAGCCUGGCCUGGGGGACAUCACCUGGACAAAACUUGGUCUGGAGAUCCAUGAGAAGUUCAUAUCUCUAGUUAGAGAAAUAUUAUACAGAGUUGUGAAACGGAUAGACACAGUCUGUAACAGAUAACUCCAGGGACAAACAACAGUGGCUUAAAUUGAGAGUGUGUGUCCAAGAGAAAGUCUGUGACUUGCCAUUUCCAGCUUGAAUUCUGUUACAAGGGCAGCUUGAUUAAGAUGUUUGCCAGCAACGCAGACCAUCUGAAACAUCACUUUUAUUCCAAGGCUUCCUACAAUGUGGAAGACGGGCAGAAACGGCGGAGCAGUGCGUGAACACUUGCUGUCCAAGGCAGCUCUGCCGCCGAGCAGGACCGCGCGGGGUCGCGCUCUAGGAGCCGGGGCUGGGGGCACGAGCUCCCGGGCCGUUGUGUCGCCCCUGGCCAGGCCCCUGUGCAGAGCUGAUCACUGGAGGUGGAGGGAAGGGCCCUUUUCACAUUGGUGGCUUAUCUGUGACAUUUGCAAACGUUUCUGGCGCAGGACGGCGUCUGGCAGCAGUUUUGGCGCGGUGUGUUUGUGUGAUGCGCUGUGGGGAGUGCGGGCUGAGCUCCCCCCGCAGAUGCCCCGACAUGUCUGCGCCUCGGUCCCGUUGCCAUUAAGGAAUCUGAUAGGGAGGAAAAAAAGAGACGAGGAGAACAAGUAUUGAAAAUACAUUGUUCUUCAAAUCAGUGUGUAAAUAUGCUCCUAUGUGUAAAUUUUACAUAAUUACUGGCGGGUUUUAAAAAAAGUAAUUUGCUAAUGAAGCAACACGACUUUAAACUUUUUCUCUUCAUGUAAUGGUUAGAUUUGGAGUAUUGCAAGAAAAAAUAUUCUGUAACGCUUAUUUCAUUGAGAAUAAACCCAAAGAUUAAGUUUAAUUACUUUUCCACAGUAGCGAAAGAGGCUUUGCCAAGAGAUGGAUAUAGCAGCUUUAUUUCUUUCUCUUAGCGUAUGAAACAGUAAGGAAUGCUCAUGAAAACGUGGUUAGAAAAAUCUGUUUAUACAUCUUAUAUUGCAGUCUUCCAGUGCUUAUUCAUAGUCCUUUCUGCGCGGCACUGGCAGUAAUAGAUAAAUGGAGCCAUCCAUUCAAAUACAUGAAGCAAAUCAUCUUCAUAAGGGAGGUGGCUUUGUGCUCGUGCGUGUACUUGGCUUUAAUCCAGACCAUAACAAGUUUGUUUAUGCCAAACUGCUCAGUUUUUCAAAAGGAGGUGGGUUAUUUCUUUUCCUCAUUUGAACUUGUAUUGAAAAAUAUUUCCGCAACCAUCAGUUUCCCAUGUGAAAACAGCGUGAAUUAGCUACAGGCCAUCACUGAAGCUCAAAACAUCCUACAGAAGCUUUUUGUUCCUUGGUUUUGUUCAUCUGCCAGCUAUAAACAUAGCCCAUUCAGUCCUGUUGUAUUUCAGAUGCUAUUUUUGUGGUGUCGUUUCAGUAUAUUGGGCACUUCUGUUGUGACAGCAGAAUCCGUGAACAGUUAACUGAAGGAUUCUAGAAAAACUUGGUGUAAUUAUGGGCACUCAUCUAUUAAUAACAAAAAUUAAUGGCAUGCACACAUCCUUCCCUGCAGUACCACUUCACGUCAUUAACAAAUGAGUAAAGAAACUGACUGUUGCUAGUGCUUUAGGAAUAUUCUUUAGAGCGCUCCAGAGGUCUCCAAGUACAUUCUCUGUAGGUACAAAUGAGGCCAGAUGUCAGUUCAGAAGCGCAAAAUGGCCUAAACUGUUGAAGUCUGUGCAGAAAUAAGCGGCUCGGUGGCGCUGGCACAGCCGCCGUCCCCACGCGUGUGGCAGCGGCCGACCCUGACAGCAGCCCGAGUUCUUCGUGGAUUUACGGCGCGGCUGUGGGUGCAGCGGAACGCGAGGCUGCUCUCGCCCGGGGUGGUGUCAGGAGAGCCGCAGGUUCCCUGGUGCAGAUCUCCGUCGGUUUACCGCGCUGCAACAGCCGCGUUUCAGACAGCGGCGGCCGGCAGGAUUGGUGCGGGGAUGGCUGGUGUCACUGCCUGCCAGAGCAGGAGAGAGCCGUUUUAAUUCAGUCUUCACCUGUAAAUUACACAGGCCCCUGCAGUUUGAUUAUACCUACUGCAGCGUGAAGGUUUAUUUUUAGAUUAAGUGUAACACAAUUACACUUAAGAGUUUAGCAAAAUACGUGAUAUGUACUAAGAAGAACCACUGAUAUGUGGGUCUGCAGAGAUUGCUCUUCCCUGUAGCAAAUGUUAGAAAUCUGUGCCUUGUAAACAGUUUGCAUAAAACUGCUUAAUUUCACAACUGCAAAAUGAGCCAAAGAGCCUGUUUCUUGCUAUUCCAUCACUAUUUUAAUUCUGAAAGCUGUUUUCUGAAAUUUUAUUCUAACCUUUAAGAACUCAUAAAUUGAUUCUUUAUAAGAGAGUUCAUUUGUUAGUCUUAAUGCAGUUUCUGGCUAAAUCAUAAUAAAUAUACAGAACAGCUCUGAAUGUCCGGCUCCUUUAAAAAUCUUUCAGCAGAAGACUCCUGUGCGUUAAAGGGAUAAAUCCCAAAGCGCUGGCUGUUGAGAAUAGUGAGGGAUGGCCAAGGGGAAGUAAGAUGGGGCUGGUUUGCAUUGCCAGGCAGACUGAAUAUUUUAUCAUAUUUUUACUGUUAGUGCUACAGCUGAGUGAAAUGCAUCUAAAUCCUGAAGACUCCGACAAAAUGCAUUGCCCGGCUUUUCCUAAGCUCUAUGCAUAAGGGUGAAAACGCGCCGUGUCUGACUGCAGAGCGUUGUCCCUGCAGUCAGGCUGCCGUGGAUCGCAUCCGGAGCUGCAGGGCGCAGGGUCCCGGCGCUGCGGCAGCGCAGGAGGAGCUGCCGGCACCCGCUGGACGUCGUGUCUUCUGAGACUUCUCUCCUGCUGCCUGCCCUAACAAAGAUAAAACUCUGCAUCAUCGGAUUGCCUUCUGGCGCUGUAUACGUUCAUGUGGAAUACUGACCUCUCCAUACAGAUGCUCCAUUGAUUUGUUCCUAAAGCAGGGGAAGUGAUACUGCAGCACCUUUUUUAGUUACUGUUUAGUUCAGAAGUCAUUUAAGGACAUAAAAUGUCCUGUUCUCAAGGCUGGCACCAAAAUCUUCAUGUGGCCAAAAGCCACAACACUCAAGAGAGGAGGAACGUCCUAAGGGGUCUGUGGGUAGAAGUGGAAAGUGCCUUUGUUGUGGCCCCGCAGUUCCCGGGCGGGUGAGGCUGAGCCGGGCCCAGGAGCGGAACCAGUGUGGCAGCUCCCGAGUGCCGGGCGUGAUCCCAGCGCGGGGCCGCGGCACCAGCACCUCCCGCCGCUCGCCGCCGGCCUCGCCAGAGUUCCCGAAUAUUCCGGCAAGGAGCAAGCUUGUUGCAAAUUUUAUUUAUUUUUAUUUUGAACUCAUUGACAUAGUUGCAUCUGUAUUUCAGAGGGACUGAGAUGAUAUAUUAUACUUUUUAAAGAUUCUGAUUCUGAUGAUACCUGGAGAACUGACCCCAAACUUCAGGAGCUCAUGGCCAGCCAGGUGCUGAACACUUAACUCCCCCUGGAGUUCCAUCUCUCUUCCUGUUAGCAUGAUUUCGAGUCCUAAUUGAAGAAAGGAUGAGGCUAUAUUUAUCAUUGCUUGGUUAUUUUCUUACAAUGAAAAUAAUUCAUGUCUGACUAAACAGAAAAUGGGAUUCUUUUGCCAAUUACCGUGUUUCUUUCUGCUGGCGGCCUGAUGCUUGUGUAGCUCGUGCCCAGCCCGUCAGCUCUGGCGCGGCCCUGGGGGCUCCCGCAGUCAAUGUCACCCCCUCCUUGGUUGGCUUCCCUGUCGGUGCUGGGUUGGAUGUAAACAUUAGUCCUCAGCUUCGCUACCAAGAACAAAGUCAGCGUUUCCCUUGUUAUUCUGUUGACAGUAUUCAGUUCCGUACUUUAUUUACAUAUUUCCCCAGCUUGAUUACUUUUGUUUAUUUAGAGAGCGCGGGUUUAACUCCACUCUGCCAAGCCUCGGCUCACUGCGAUGGUGUUUGCAGGUGCAGGUACAUUAUUUUCUAUGUGCUAUCCAACUCUGUCUGUUUGUUUGCUGGUUUUUUUUUAAGCUUAGGGAAACUAAAAAACAUAGGCUAAAAUUAAGAACAAUCUAAAAGCUCCCAAAGGUCGAGAGUAAGACCUGUAUUUGUGAGUGUUUAGGUCAUGGAUCACUGUUAGUAUCAGGCUAAUGGUUGGAGUGCAGGAAGGUGCCCUUCAUACUUAAAAAAUAAAAACAAAAAGCAGAAGGAGUGAUUGCUGUAAAGCACUGUUCUUCACUUUUAUGACUGCUAACAUGUUUUCCAGCAGUGAGUUAUGAUUCUGUAGGAUUCUAGGAGCAGUUAAGUUUGUCCAUUUUUCACGUUUAUAGCCAUUAUUGGUAACAUGACAUCCGUUCAAACCCGGAUCUGUCCCUGAGCACGGUCGCGUCAGCUCUCUCCUGCCUCGUUGCGUAUGUUAAUACGGUGCUGUAAUCUUCAUGAGAAAUGAAGAUACUUGAGAGAAGCAGCUGAUACCUCUUAACUUGAUGGAGCAAUUAAAACUCAAGCACUAGCUUGGAAGAUCAAAACAACAUGUUUUGAUCACAACUCUUCUUUAUAAUUCCAUUUGCUUUUAUGGUAAUUUUAAAAGAAGGGGGUUGUUCUUAAAAAUAACACUGGUAAUUGCUUGUGCAGGUUGUUCUUUAUGAUGGGCACUUGCAAAGCUCCAAGCAAUGCCAGCCAAAUUGCAUUAUUCCAUGGACACUAUUGGAACGGUGUUGGAAAGUGUCAGUGCUGCUGCUUGGGUGGAAAUGUCCUUGUGGGGCUGACCUGGAAGCAGAGAGCGGCGGGAGCAGGAGGGGAUGGAGCCCUGGGCAGGGAGCAGCGGCUGUGCCGGGCGGGCACCGCUGGGGACAGACACACAGACGGCGCUUUGCUCCCCGGGCAAACGGGACCGAGGUGCCGAUCGCCAGAGCAGGAGAUGAAACGGCUGCGGCGCCCGUGAGGCCGAGUUACCCGGGCUGAAGGUUACAAGGGAGCCGUGGUGAAGUAAGGCAGGAGUGCACAGCGAGUUCCAGUUGAAAUUUCUCUAAGUAUGCUAGUGAGCUCACUAUCAGGUAAAUGAUAGGGAUGAGCUGGCAGGAAGAAAUGCUUUCAGCUUUCAGAUUUUUCUCUGUGAUACUGGCAAAAUUAGGCAAAUCAGAGGAGAUGGUGAAUCCUUUUUUUUCCACUGCUUGGCAUGGAAGGUGGUUGACUUUUUGAGCUUUUUGUUGUGUGUAAACUAGAGGUGGGUAGCUCAUGAGUGUCAAUACAAACCUCCUUUCACUGGCUUCUCACAUGCUGGUGUCUGAGAACACAGUCUGCAAACUCUGUUGUUGCUUCCAAUGCAAAUCACAUCAGUUGCGGGCUGUUCAAAAGCUGAUUUGGUAAUAGAAGUCGUCUCCAUUCCGUGUCAUUCUUGCGUCAAACAGGCGGUGAGGCUGGAGGAGGCAGCUCCUGGCCCGUCCCUGUCACACGGGAAUCGCUGCUUGCAAACCGGAGCUUUACUGCUUUUAUUUUCACAUAUAUGAUACAUUGUGAAUCCUGGUGCACAUCUUCUGGUUUUAGUUACCUCAAUAUUUUCAAGAAAAAGGCAUCCUAGAUCUAUCUCUGCUUUCCUUAAAGAUGAUAAUGACAGUACUAGCAGGAAAACAUAAAUCCAGGUAUUGACUGAACACUGUUCUUCUGAAAGCAAAUCCUGUGUUUUGUUACUGUAUCAGCAUCCUCGGAACAUGUUCUGCUUCUGAACCAUUUGUUCAUUAAAUCACCUUUCGGUAGGUUGUUCUGCUUACACAAAGUCAGCCAGCCCGCAACAGAGCAGAACCUUGGCAGUUUUGGGAUGGAAAUGGAUCCAAUAGCCAAACUUACUGUCCUUCAACUAAUCACUGAAAUUAUAUCAAUUGUAAAUAAACAGUGUAUUGGGGUGAACUUUCUCUGACAGGUGUGUUCAGGGGUUUCUGGCUGUCUGGUUAGUUGGACAGGGAUCGCCAGCCCCAGCACCAGGUGGUGCAUUGUGUUAUUCUGGCUGGGGCACCACAAAAAACAGAAGGUGUUCCAGGGUGUAGAUGUCACGUUGCAUUGGAAAGCCAAGGAAUGAGACUCAGACAUAAAUUAAUGAAAGGUCGUUUUAGAAAGUUCUGAGCAUUUCCUGAAUGAGAGUGUAUUUAAUCCAAAAUAAUCAUAGGUAUUAUUCAUUUUACAGGAUAUAACGAUUGGAUAUUAAACAGUUACUGUACAGUAACCAUCUUGUUAUGCCAACUUGAAAGUAAAGUUGGUGGAAGAAAAGAAGGAUCUGAUAAUCAGAAUUACGUACAGUGUCAUGGUUUACAGAAAAAAUCAAGUAUCAAUGUAGAUGAUACUUAUGGACAUGCUGGUAUGGAAACAGAUUUGUAGCACGCGAAUGUUCAAGUUAGGAUCAUUCAAAUGAUAACAAAUGGAAGCAUGUUUAUGUGUUUGUAAUUAUUUCACUGCAAGGAGAGACUGAAUAAGUCGUUCUGAACCCUGUGCUGUGCUGUAGAAGUGUGUAUGUGGAAGCAGAAUUAAUCAAAUUAAUCAAACAGUUGGCUAAAAUAUUAGAGUUAAUGCUUUUCAUUUGGUCAGUUCAGAUCUAAUCUCGAUAGGAAGUGAUUAUCCAGUUGUUAACCUGGCAGCUUUGCUGUAAUAAUGCCUUCAGGACUGGCGGUGUCCAAGGGUACUACAGGGGGAUUAUCCCACCCAGAUCUUUCUGUCUCUUCUGUUAAUAGCUGACUAUUUAAACAGCUCUACUCAGCCAUUUGAAUUAAUAGAUGGAGAUCACUGUUUCUCAUUAAUAAUCAUAUUUUAUUUCUACAAAAUUGGGAGUGAUGGCAGGAAUGUGCCUCCAAUUAUUUUCACACUUCAGCAACUGGAAACAAGGAUUUUACCCAGAUCACUGCAGGCUAGGAGUUACCAGAGUGUAUAUAAAAUUAUUUGAUGAAGUCAGUCUUAGUUAAUAAUGCCACUAAGCAUGUGUUUUAGCUGAUUUUAAUUGGCAGGAGAAGAUGCUGAGAUAUGUUGUAUGGGCAAGUCAGAAUUAGUUCUCAUUGUCUAAUACGGAUCUCUUAAUACAGUACAUUGUUUAAUACCGCCUUUUUGAGGAGGCUUCCUGCCCGCAUCCAGUUACCACAUUGAAUAUUGCGGUUAUAACCAGGAAUUAGAUUUAUUAUCAUGACCAAAAAAAAAAAUAUUAGUAACACAAGAAACUGGCAAAACAGAGUCGCCAAGUUUAGGUGUUUUUAAUACAAUUAAUUAAUACAAUUAAGCAAAACUAGAAUCAUGAGUGUUUCUGGAGAUUCAUUUCCAUAUGAGAUUUAUACAUAUAUAUAUAUAUAUAUGAAAUACCUGAUCCUGAGCUUUGCUCAGGAUGGGCUCCAUAGAUGGGCUUAUUGCUUCCCUUCCCUUCCCUUCCCUUCCCUUCCCUUCCCUUCCCUUCCCUUCCCUUCCCUUCCCUUCCCUUCCCUUC